CUUGAACUGAGUGAGAGUUCAACCGUGAUAACGCUAACAUUUGUUUACGAUUCUCAACGCAGAUCUUACAUUUAUUUACUUAUAAUCAGUAUUAAAUUAUUUGGCCAUGUUAACCAAAUACAGCUUACCGAUUCUUGCUCUAUGCUUCUUGGCAUCUAGAGUUCCUCCCAGCAUCUGCCAGGAUGAUUCUUUCAUCAUCGACGACAAUGAUAAUAAUAAUGCCCCUGAGAACUCAAAUACAAAUACAAAUUCCGUGACUUCAUCUCCUGAGUUCAUAAGAUGCCUAGCAGAGUGUCCAUCAACUAGCGAGUACAAUCCAAUAUGCGCUAGCGAUAUGGUAUCCUAUAACAAUCCUGGCAAGUUGAGAUGUGCCCAACGAUGUGGUGCUAAUAUUCAAGCUUUACGAGGUGGGACAUGUCGUGGACUCUAAGCUGCUUAGAGGAGAACCCAAAAGUAUUAAUGACAAUGAAAAAUAUGUCAACAAUUUUGUAAAUAAACGAUAAGUUACUGUUUUGGAAAUAAAUAUUAUUGAUAUCAGCACACUUAGAGCGGCGAGCAUCAGACCGGACACGAUGUCGGUCGGGACGAUGGCAACCUUCAUACGCCAGAUUCUGUGUGCGCCUGUCUGCAUCGCCGGCGUUCUCGAUCUGGAGGUAUAGUAUCGUGACUGGCGCUAAUGGCAUGGUGGACGAGCGUUAGCGUAAUUAAAUGAGUCGGCACUAUGGUGUAUGGACUAAUUGUUUGUCUGACUUGAUCCAUUUAAUCAUUUUGCUAUAC